AUGCCAAGUGGCGACGUGAAGUCGUCUGCAGAAGACGUCGCCGUAACGUCUUCAACACGAACAGUCGAGGAGGCAUCCUCAUUCCCCGGAACGGUACCUGUUCCCCAUGAGCUGCCACCUCACGUCUCCUCCUCGCUUCAAUCAGAUCGCCCUUCUCAGCGAGCUUCCCCGUCAACGAUUACCAAGUGCUCGACCUUCAACAAGUUUAUCCUUUACGAGAACCGACUUCGCUUUUACAUUGUUUCUUCGAAUGCAUCGGAUUCGCGCCAUCGCAUCACACGCAUAGACAGGGCUUCGCAGCAGGAGCUCACUGUUCAAGAAGAUGAGACCGAGUACAGUGGGAAGCAUAUGAAUGAGCUACUCAAGAUGAUUGAUGAUGGGAACAAGAGCUCGGGAGGCCUGGGCAAGGCUCGAGUGAUCUUCGGUGUUGCUGGUUUUGUUAGAUUUACUGCUGGCUGGUACAUGAUUGUCAUAACCAAGCGUUCCGUUGUUGCGCUUCUCGGAGGCCACUACCUUUAUCAUUGCGAGAAUACGGAGAUGAUCCCAGUUUCAUUUAACCAUAGGGUUGACAAACCUGCAGAGGAACAGAAGCUCUUGAACACGUUCAAACAAGUCGACAUGUCAAAGAACUUCUACUUUAGCUAUGCUUACGACCUGACAUCGACACUUCAGAAUAACUUGACGCGUCUCGAACCACUCGACGAAGGGAACUACUACCCGUUCACGGACCGCUUUGCCUGGAAUUUCCAUCUCAUGACGUCCCCUUUUGAGAGUGACUCUCCGAGCAAAGCUCAUUGGCUACUACCGCUAAUACAUGGACAUGUCGAUCAGGCCAAACUCGCAGUUUUGGGUCGAAUUGUUUUUGUUACCCUGAUCGCUCGCCGUUCACGGCACUAUGCUGGUGCACGUUAUUUGACAAGAGGAGUCAAUGACGAAGGCAACGUAGCCAACGAGGUGGAAACAGAGCAAAUCGUGUCGGAAGCACUGACGACCCCUUUCUACUUCCCGAAAAAUCGGUCUGUCCUGGGGGACCCUCAGCCUCGACGGCCUAAUCCCUACUAUACCAGCUACGUUCAGUACAGAGGCAGUAUCCCGAUAUUCUGGACGCAAGAGGCAAACAACAUGAACCCUCGGCCACCUAUCGAGAUUAGCGUCGUUGACCCGUUUUACGUUGCGGCCUCUCUGCACUUUGAUGAUCUCUUCAAACGCUAUGGAACCCCGAUAACAAUCCUGAACCUGAUCAAACGCCGCGAACCUCAGCCCAGAGAGUCGAAGCUUCUGGUGGAGUACACGGAAUGCGUGAAGUACCUCAACCAGUUCCUUUCGGAUGACAAGAAGAUGGACUAUAUCGCUUGGGAUAUGUCGCGGGCUUACAAAGAGAAAACGCGGGAUGUCAUCAGUUACCUCGAAGACAUAGCUGAGGAGUCGAUUCAAGCCACUGGGUUCUUCCACUCGGGUCCUGAAGCAUAUUCGCAUCAGUUUCGUGAACAUAACGAGUUUGAAGAGGGACCGAAGCAGCCCCGGCGCGACACCAUAGCCUUGCAGAGCGGAAUCUGCCGGACAAACUGCGUUGAUUGCCUUGACCGGACGAAUGCAGCGCAGUUCGUCUUCGGAAAGCGUGCACUGGGCCACCAGUUAUACGCCCUGGGCAUAGUUGACAGUCCCAAUCUCGCUUUUGAUUCCGACGCGGUCAACAUGCUCACGGAGAUGUAUCACGACCAUGGUGAUACUCUGGCACUCCAGUACACUGGUAGCGCUCUGGUCAACCGCGUCGAGACAUACCGCCGAAUGCCUCACUGGAACAGUCAUUCACGGGACAUUAUCGAGAAUAUCAGACGGUUUUAUACAAACACCCUGCUCGAUGUUGACAAGCAAAUGGCGAUCAACCUUUUCCUCGGUGUUGGUGAACACAAUAUCACGCGGGUGACCAAGCGUGCCGGUUAUCAGAAGUGGUUCCAUGACCAUUACCUCGAGCGGCCAGAUCUUCUCGAACGCAGCAACUCCAGUCUGCAGAAUCUUGUCAUUACCAAGGGAGACUUUUGGGUCGAGUAUUACCGGCCCCUAUUAUUCACGUCGUUAGGGAAGCAUUUUGCGUAUUCUAUGAACAAUACCUUGAAGCUGCCGGGGUAA